CAGUAUAUUUUAAGUCAGACAGUCUCAGAGCCAGUUGUGUUGUGUGGCAAAAUGGCCGCCUGUUCGAGAUGAGCGUGUGACAUUCGAAAUUCCUCACUUACGGUGUUUAAUGUUACGUUUGUGUCGUAAAUAUUAGGAGUUUUAUGUGUUCGUUGGUGACCUGUUAUCAGUGACAAUGCAAGGAAUUUAGAAACCCAUCGUUACGCCCUGGAUGUUGUUAAACAAAACGACAGAUAAUGAUCGUCCUGCAUUGACGUAAUUAAGAUAUGAGCCAAAAUCUGCAAAACUCGACACUGAGGCUGAUUCAGCCGACAGUGACGGCUGCUGUGAUGCCAACGUAUCACAGCACGGGCGGGGGUUACCCGAAUAUAUCUGCCCCGACUCGUCAAGGGAAGUUAGAUGGGAAUCAAAACCACCACACAAUACCUUCAAAUAUCACCUCUCAUUCGUUAGUUCAAAAUACAACCUCGUCCAAUUUGCAUCCAGCCAUGACGUCCCACUCAAUCUCAACAAAUAUUGUUACCCCCCAUAACAUCUCAUCACUUGUAAAUCCAACGACGCCGGCCGUCAUACUCGCAUCAAAUUCAGCAAACAUUGCCAAUCCGACUAGCAUGGCCAGCAAUCCGAGGCACGAAGUAAAACUCAAUGCCAUGCCAUGGUUCCAUGGAAAAAUUUCACGUGAAACGGCGGAGCGGUUGUUGCGUCCUCGGGAAGACGGUUUGUUCCUUGUUCGAGAGUCGACAAAUUUUCCCGGGGACUAUACCCUCUGCGUAUGUUAUCAAGGUCGGGUAGAGCACUACAGAGUAAAGUACAAAAAUAAUCAAUUGACCAUUGACGAUGAAGAGUUUUUCGAAAAUCUCGCUCUACUCGUCGAACAUUACGAGCAAGAUGCUGACGGUCUUUGUACGCAACUCACGAAAUCGCUGCCGAAACAGGGCAAACAAGACUUUUGCGUCGAUCCUAAAGCCUUCGUCGAGGCUGGUUGGGUCAUACAAACGGACGAAUUGGAGCUCAGAGAGUGCAUAGGGAAAGGUGAAUUCGGUGACGUUCUUCUCGGUGUUUAUAGAGGUGAAAGAGUCGCAGUUAAAAUGCUCAAAGACAACAGUGAGGCUGCUCAAAGGUUCCUCGCAGAAGCCAGUCUCAUGACUUCGUUGAUACACAACAACCUAGUAAAGCUUUUAGGACUCGUAUUCAACAAUCAACACAUGUACCUCGUUACCGAAUACAUGAGCAAAGGGUCGCUCGUCGAUUACCUCAGAUCAAGAGGGAGGUUGCACGUGUCGAAAAACGAUCAGAUCAACUUUGCCUUUGAUACCUGUGCGGGAAUGGCUUAUCUCGAAUCGCGACAUGUCGUUCACCGAGAUUUGGCAGCCCGUAAUGUUCUGGUCGCUGAAGAUAACUCUGCCAAAGUAUCGGACUUCGGAUUAGCUCGAGAUGAAAAUUUCACCCUCGACGCCGGGAAACUACCGAUCAAGUGGACUGCACCUGAAGCGUUAAGGAACAAUAAAUUUUCUAACAAAUCCGACAUGUGGAGUUUUGGAAUUUUAUUAUGGGAAAUUUACUCAUUCGGAAGAGUACCGUAUACCAGAAUCCCGCUCGCUGACGUCGUGAAGUGUGUGGAAAAGGGUUACAAAAUGGAACCUCCCGAUGGAUGUCCAAAGGAGGUUUAUGAGAUCAUGAGACAGGCGUGGGAUCUCCAGCCGGAAAAGCGGCCAACUUUUCACGAGAUCAAGGCAAAAUUAGGGCAGCUACAAAUCGAGUAUACCAAGUGUGGGAAUUGAUGGGAUCUGGAGAUCAUCGGUUGAUCUCAAGGUAAUAGAUUGUUUAAAGAUUUAUGAUGAGCGGACAAAAAGAAUUAAAUCGAGAAAGACAAAAAGAAACUUUGCAAAUCUCUUUUUUCCGAGCGUCGAAGCAAAAGACGAUAAAAAAAUAUAUAUGUGUAGUGGAACGCGGGGCAAUAUGAGGUAGCGGGGCAGAAUGGGGUACCCCAUAAAUUUUGUAAAAAUUUCUUUAAAAUGAUCGAGAAGGGCUUCAAACAUCAUUCUGGAUUUGAAAUUUGUUAAUUUUUUGUCCUCGUGGAUUCCUUAAGUACCCCAUAUUCCCCGCGUACCCCUAUAUCUAAGGCGAAUUAGAAAAAAUGGAACACGGGGUUGUUGUCCCAAAUACUCGCAAAACUGAUAGAACAAGAUGACAUGAGAAAAAAAUUAGCCAACAAAUCAACUGUAAUCUUGACUGUAAAUUGUAAAAACUUUUUAUUCGCGUUGCUUGUAUUUAUUGCUGUAUUUAAUUUACCCCGGAAAAUUUGAGAAACAUUAUUUUCUUUUUAUCGAUUUUUAUACAGUACCUAAUUAUAUAUAUAUAAAUAUGUCUGGAACUUCAUACAUGGGCGUAAAACGACGAAAAUAGACAAACAAAACAAAAAAUGAAGCAAUUUACUCCGACGUAGCUCAAUCUGCAUCGAUUGUGCCUUUAUCUGAAAAGAAAUUUAACUCAAUAUACUUAUUCAUCGACCGAAGAUUUCAUUGACGAACUUACAAUUAGUAGUUCUCACUAGUAAUGAAACCACGUAAAACUGAUAACUGGAUUCACGAUAAUCACUAGUAAUGUCGGGAUGAGGAUUGAAGAUGAACUAAGAAACGAUCAAAAAAUGAAAAAAUAUAUAUAUAUAUACACCUAGAUAUAUAUAUAUUAACGAAGCAAUCAAUAAUUGCCAAUAGACUUGUUACUAAUAUUACUAAUACAUAAUAAUGAUAAUAUCAUAGGAGAUGAAAACUAGCAGUUCGUGACGAUACAUUCGACACUUUUGCCAAAUUAUUAAUUACCUACUAUUAUUAAAAGCACCUGCUAUUUUAUUUUUCAUUAUUUGAUCAAUCGAUUCAACAAUCACUAGAUAGAAUCAUGAUACUCUCCAUUUUUAUCAUUUGUAAUUAUGAAAAAAAAAAAACACACACAAAGACAAAUAUCCCUAUACCAAAUCCUUCUUUUCAUCCUUAACACUUCGAUGUAUAUUCUUUUUCAAGUGAAUGAAAAAUUCGGAUUUUCAUUCAUCCCAAAAUUUUUCACUUCGUCCAUUUAUUUUUUAUCAAAAAAUUAUAGAAUUUUCAUUGAGCUUACAUUUUUUUCUCACUCAUACAACUUUAAUCGCUCAGAUUAAUCAAAAAUUCAUGCGUGAAAUUGAGUGAUUUUUCAAUAAAAUUCGAUUUUUAAUUAAUUUCAAUUGAUAAACCUCGUUCUUUUGUUUCCAAAUCAUUUAUCAAUCAUCUGUAUAAAUGUAAAUGUAAAUAUCAAUGUACAUACUUCAUAUUAUAUUAUACAUAUAUUUGUCUGUAAAACUUACAAAUCAACCAACAACUGUCUUUGGUAGCAUAAGUUGAAAAAAAACAUGCAAAAAAACAGGAAGCGAUCAUUCAAAGUUUGAAUAGGUAUACAUAUAAAUGAUUAAAUAUAAUUAAAUGCUGACGGUGGCUUACAAAAUAUAUUAUCAUUUAUCGAAAUGUUCAAGAAAAGCAAUCUCCAUUGAAUCAUUUCUGAGAGAAUCAAAGAAAAAAAUUGAUCAAAAAAUAAAAUUUCUGAAAUUAGUUUGAGAAAACUAUAGAAAUAUUGAAAGAAAAUAAAGAAAAGUUUUUUUCGAUAAAGCCCCUCGUAACUAGAUUUCGCGGUCGUAAACGUAUCGAUUAAGGCACGUAAUUUUUAUUAUUAGUAUCAUUAUUAUUUCAUUCAUAAUUAAUUGUAUUUCAUCACCUGCACAAAUUUUGUGUUCCAUUUAGUUUAGAUUUGAUUUGUUGCAAUAAUUUUUCUUUCCUCCAUUUUUAACAAACAAUCAUUGUCCUAGUUGGGGUCUUUUCUUAGUAGCGAUUUUUUUCUAUCAAUGUAUCCAAUCGAUCAAAUCGAUCGUACAUAUAUCACAUAUUUUGUAUAAUAUACAUUAUUUAUGUUUUAUAUAUUACAAAGGAAAAAUAGAGCGAAUCAUGCAGAAGGGCAGUUUGGGAAUAGUAAAAGAAAGAAAAAAAAAUUAGAAGAAAACAGUCGUUUCAGAUUAACUAACAUUCUGGUUGCGGACGAAAAACGUGCUGUUUGCAAUUAGAUUCUUUUUAUUCUUUGAAUAUUAUAUUAUCAUCAUACUUACUAUUAUGAUUAUGAUCAUUAUUAUAUAAAUAAUACCCGAUUCCUUAGAGAUUUAAGAAAUUUAAUAUAUAUUAAUAUAAAAUUUACGAAAAUAUAUAUCACCAGAUGAAAGUAGCGCCCGAUCAAUAAUCUCGUGAUUUCUUAAUUUCCUUUCGAAUAUGAAAAAAAAAAUUGAAUGUCGGCAUUUAUAUCGUUUAACAUUCGGGGCACUGAAAAGUACAUCCAAAAAAAUGCAUUAUCUUUCUUAUA